CUCUGCUCCCAGUACCCACCAUAAUCGAGCUCGAGCAUUGCGAAUUCUGACGCGACUCUAUUCUUUUCGAUUUUGCACUUUUCCACACUCCAGACUCGAUUCCGAUUCCGACCUCCCGGCGCCAGCUUUCAGGAGCCAUGGCAGCCUCUCUCGCGUCCCUGCAGGCGCGUAUCGACACGUUCACAGCCCCGGCUUCCAAAUCCAGGCGCACGUCUUCGAAGACAAAGAAAGCGCCCUCCAAGUCGAAGAUCGCCUGGCCAUUGACACUCCCAUCGGCACACGACCUGGCCUUCGCAGGAUUCGUGUGGAAGCCUACAACAGCGAGUCCAGACAACGUCCAGUGUUUUGCAUGUCACUGCCAGCUGGAUGGCUGGGAAGAGAACGAUGUCCCCGCAUAUGAGCACCUCACACACUCUCCAAACUGCGGCUUCGCAGUCGUCACAUGCAUCCGUCUGCGCAGCGGAGACCCGGGCAGGAGCGAAGAUGAUCCCACCUCAGACGCGAUGAUGCAGGCGCGCCGCGACACGUUCGAGCACGGCUGGCCCCUUGAUAGCAACGAGGGGUACCCUAGCGUCGAGCAGCUAGUAGAAGCUGGCUGGUACUACGACCCAACUCUGGAAACACCUGAUGGCGCUACUUGCGCGUACUGCUCCCUGUCUCUGGACGCGUGGGAUACCGGCGACGAUCCAAUGGAGGAACACCGACGACGUGCGCCUGACUGUCUGUUCUUCGCACUCAAGGAGCUCUACCACCCAGCGCCAAAAGCUGCUGCUAAGAAGGGCAAACGCGCCUCUGCACGCACAUCGACCGCCAGCAUAGCUUCGAAGAACACCCGCGGCAAAAAGCGCGCCAGCGAGCAGAUUGACGAUUCGAUCUCCAGCAUAAUCGAGAAGCCAUCCCGUGGUAAGAAGCGUAUCAGCGAGGCAACUGACCUUACUAUCGAGGACGUCAAGCCGAAGGCUACACAUGGACGCAAGCGUGCAAGCACGCAGAUCGAUGACACAGUCUCCAGCGUAGUAGAGAAACCCACACGUGGUGGCCGGAAGCGCGCAAGCACUACAAUCAAUAAUACGAUCGAUCCUGUUAUGGAAAAGCCAACACGCGGCAGGAAGAAGGCCGCCGAGAAAGUCGGCACAACUCCAGACGAUGUCGAUAACGAGCCAUCACCUGAGCCCGAACUCAUACCUGCACCUGCACCUGUACCAAAGACUAAAGCCAAGAAGGCUGCACCCAAAGCUAAGCGCGCCUCGACCGCAAGCACCACCACAAAGACGACAUGCGGCAAGAAGCGCACAAGCGACCAGAUCGAAGACACUGAAGUUGCUGAGACUUCGCCGAAGCGCGUCAGACACAGCAGCGUCUCGAGCUUCCCCGAUUCUCUACUCGUCGGUACACCUAAGAAGACACCCACAGAGCUGGCAGAACCUGAAGACGAUGACUCUGCGCAAGCAGAACCCGAGCUGGAGGACAUGGAAGACGACAUCUCGAGUUUACCCGCGUCCCUCCUUGUCGGAACUCCUAAGAAGACACCGACGAGGAUGAUGACUCCCGGUGCCGAAGUAGUUGAGCAGGAUCAGAAGUGGGAUCCCAUCGACGUCGAGGCGUUCUUCGGCAGCACCGAAGAACUACACGCUCUCAUGAACGAUAUUGUCAUUGACGCUGGUCUCGACGCUAUAGUGCCGACCGGGGUUACUGCCGAGGACCUUCAAGCUGCUGUAUUUGCCGGUCUUACCAAGUCUGAGAAGGACAUGACAGUGGAGCAAUGGGUACUUUACAAUGCCAAGAGGGGCGAGGAGAAGCUGCGGCAGGCAUGCGAGAAGCAGAUUUUGGCCUUCGGGGCGCAGGCAAUGCGCGCAAGAGCGACGAUUGAAGGCAUUCCGACCUACUAGAUGGAUACGAAGUAUGACAGGCAUUUGGAGGGAGUUUGGUAGUUGUUAUGAUACCCCGGAGGCAUGCAAUGGAGUUUUGGGGUUGGCUUUGGUACGCGUACAUAGUUUAGUAGCGUCUCCGCUCCUCUUCGCGGCUUGAGUUGAUCGUAGUUGCAGCCGCCUGCAAGGGCUGGCUCCUGGGUGAUGCAACAUAGCCAGUUGAGGGGUGCUUUGAAGCAAACGCAAUAAAUUCAUUACAAA